AUGAGCGAGGAGAUGCAACAGGAAGCGGUUGACAUUGCGUCCGCCGCCCUGGAGAAGUACAAUAUCGAGAAGGACAUCGCGGCGCAAAUCAAAAAAGAGUUCGACCGACGACACCAGCCGACAUGGCAUGUCGUCGUAGGCAAGAACUUCGGGAGCUACGUGACUCACGAAACGAAGCAUUUCAUCUACUUCUAUGUCGGAUCCCUGGCUAUACUCAUAUGGAAGUCAUGA